GGGUAGAACACACCCUAGUCCCUAGUUGGUGGGGAAAGGUCCUGCUGUGGAAACAGACUUAUAGUUUGAAGUGACCCAUUUAAGAAUUGUGCGGAUAUAUAUAUAUAUGCAUACAACGAAUCUCAUGUCAUCCUCCAGUGAUCUACUGACUGAGGAGCUUAAGUGCUCUAUAUGUCUGGAAGUCUUCACUGAUCCAGUCAGCACUCUAUGUGGCCACAACUUCUGCAAAAGCUGUCUGGAUAAAUGCUGGGACAAGAGCCAGACCUGCAGCUGUCCAUACUGCAAAGAAACAUUCAACCAAAGACCUGACCUCAGGGUUAAUACCACACUCAGAGAGGUUGCUGAACACUAUAAAAAGAAACUCAAGCAAACUGAGUUGAAGUGGAUGCAGCAGUAUGCAGUGGAUGUGACUCUAGAUCCAGAAACUGCUCAUCCUGAACUCAUCCUGUCUGAUGAUGGAAAACAAGUGAGACAUGGAGACAUUUGGCAGAAACUCCCAAACAACUCAAAGAGAUUUGAUACUUAUUUAUUCGUCUUGGGAAAAAAGGGGUUCUCCUCAGGGAGAUUUUAUUUUGAGGUGCAGGUGGAAGGAAAGACUAGUUGGGAUUUAGGAGUGGCCCAAGGAUCCAUUAACAGGAAAGGAGAGAUCUUACCGAGUCCCAGUAAUGGAUGGUGGACUUUGAUUCUGAGGAAUGGGAAUAAAUAUAUUAACUGUGUUAAUCCCCCUGUCAGUAUCUCCGUGAGAGUGAAGCCUCAGAGGGUUGUUGUGUUUGUUGAUUAUGAGGAGGGUCUGGUCUCCUUUUAUGAUGUGGAGACCAGCUCUCACAUAUACUCUUACACUGAUCAGCGUUUCUUUGGGGAACUCUAUCCAUAUAUUAGCCCAUGCCUUAAUGGUGGAGGUAAAAAUUCAAGCCCAUUGAUCAUCACACCUGUCAAUUACAAUAAAUGAAAUAUAGCGAAGGUGCCAGGGUGGGAUUUGCAUGAGAAAUUAGCAUAGCACCUCCCCUGUCUAUAUGUAUAAAGCAGUGGUUCUCAAACAUUUUACAGUCACGUACCCCCCAGGCAUUUAACUUCCUUUAACGUACCCCCUCUCUCACACUUAGUCUACAGUCAGAAAGUAUUUUAAAAACGUGCAUGUGUAACAAAUAUAUACUUUGUAAAGUAACUCAGUUUUAUCAAACACAUAAUUUGUAUCCAACCUAUCACAUACUUUUAAAUAAAUUACUCACCGUUUAAUGAGAUGGGUGGGCUUGAAGUGACUUGCAUAACUCUGUGAUGUUUGGGUGUAUUGGAGAGUCUCUUUGUCUUAAAUAAUUCUCAAUCGUGGACAGUAUGUCGAUAUUUGUUCUUCAUGUUGAUAAUUGCCAAGAAUUCACUUUCAAAGAGGUAUAUUGUCGUGAAGGGCACCAAAGUCUUUACAGCGUGAUUUGCCAAGGCAUUGUACUCUGCACGCAGGGCUAUCCAGAAAUCUGGCAGAGAUUUUUGUGUGAACUCUAUUUUCGAGUGUUAGAGAAUGAAUGGGGAAUCCAGUUGUUUGAAUUGUCUGGUUCAGUAAAGUAUCUGCGCAACUGAGAGGCCAGAUCAGGAAGUUGCUUAAUAAACUAAUUAACUAAUUAAAUAACUUGCAUCAGUAAAGUUAAACUGGGUUGUAACCAAAAAAUGCAAUGGCGAAAAGGCUUCAGUUUUUUCCUCGUUAAUGCUGUUCCUUCAUGUAAACAGUGACACAAUUCAAAGGGAUGGUCAAGAAAAAAAUAAUUAAGUUAAUCGUUCAAUUCAAACUGUUGUGUCAGCACCUUUACCCUGGACAGUCAUUGAACAUCAGUAUGGAGUGAUUGUGUGACGUAGUCACUGCCCAUUUCAUUGCACAAUCUAGAAAACAAAGGAUCUUGCUUUAACAAAAUUCACAAUUCACACAGCAUCAUCUAAAAUUUCCUUUAGACGGCUAGGCAUUUCCUUGGUGGCAAACACCUCUCUGUGAAUGAUGCAGUGUAUAUCCAAGCUACAUAGGGUUCAACUGGUUAGAAGCAUAAUGCCACCCUCUAUUCUUCCCUGUCAUUGCUUUUGCUCCAUCAGUACAGAUGACCACACACUUUUUCCUUAGAAACUCAUGUGACUUAACAAAGCUAAGACUUUGAAAUUCUCCUUCUCAGUUGUCCUGCCAUCCAGCGGUGUGCAAAAAUGUAC